ACGUGGACACAACCGCACAACACUCAUGUGCACUAAACCUCCAAACUCUAAUUCCCUCGGAACGGCGUCCAAAUAUUUUCAUGUUCACCGGGAUUCAGGCUUGCGUAUAGUCCACCGCAUUUGUCUCUUUUUCGCGACAGAUCAAGAGAGAAAUAAAGAUGCGGAUACAGACAAUUGCAAGCCGGCUGCGGCCGCUUACAAUGCCUUCAAUGGCGCCUGCCGCGAGCCUCUUCCGCAGCCGCUACUUCUCGAGCACACCUGUCUUCUUCGCCGAGGGCGACAGCAGCAGCAGCAGCCCCAGCAGCAGUUCCAGCCCCGGCAGCAGAACUGAUGCCCUCAAUCCCACGAUGAAGACCACCUUUGGCCGCGCGGUUGGCGACAGCGCGCCCGUCGAAGAGGCAAACACAGAUGCAGCCAAUCCAGCCGUUGCCGCGGCCGGUCCGAUGCGACCGCCAUACGCCACACCUGCGCUCGGCGAGGCCUUCGUGCAAAAGACAUGGGAUAUCCCCACGCUGCAGUCCGCCGCCCCGGUCAUGCACGACAAGAAGAACCCCGUCAAGAAACUCGUCCUCCGCUACGCCUGGACCGUGACCUUCUCCCGCCGCAACACGCACUUUGUGCUCUCCUCGCUCUACAUGGACACCGGAAACCUCUACUCCUUCCCCGCCGAGGACGUCAAGAUCUCGAUGUCGACCGGUUACGUCGGCUUCAAAAACUCCGCGCAGGGUUCGAUCGAGGCUAUGUACCGGCUCACUCUCGCGUUUGUCAGGAAAGCCGUCGAGAUGGGCUACAUGGACCACGAGUGGGAUCUCAGACUCCGCGGCUUUGCGCAGCAGCGCCCGGCUUUUCUCAAACUCUUUGAGGGACGUGAGACUCAGGCGGUCAGACAUAAGAUCACUCGGGUGAUGGACGUCACAAAGAUGAGAGUCGGUGGUGUUCGUCCCAAGAAGACGAGAAGAGUCUAAACCUUACCUCGUCUGCAGAUUAUGUACAUAUAUCUACUAUAAUAGAAAUA